CUUGGUCCUCCCACCCCUCUGGCCUCUCACCUCUCACCUCUCCCGAUUUCUGCCUUUUUCUCGCCUUCUCGCCUUCCCUCCCUCCACCGCCUGUUUGGCCAGCCUAGUUCGCAAAUCGACCAUACAUCACCAUCCCACCGCUGCUUUCCAUCUCACCUACACUACCAUUAUCUACCACCUGCCACCCACUCUCGUCCUCCCUUCAGCCUUUUCCUCUCACGCCUUAUUCCUACUUCUCCCAUCGACGCCUGUUCCCCCAAACAUUCUUGCCAACCAAGAUCUGUGCAGCAUAGACCCUCUGUCGCUUGUUCCAAGAGGUUCCUGAUUGAAUCAGCUGACACCCAUUGUUUUUUUGCCACUGUUUGCCUCCUAGCUGGCAUCCCUCUCGACACUACAACUGUACCGCUACAUUCCCGUCCUAGACCUCUCUGUGUCCUUCCCGGUCGUCCUCAGCUGCAAAUCGGAUCCCACUGCAUCAUGUCGACCUUCUACUACACUGCCCAUCAACAACACCAAGCCACCAAUCCGCAGCCUAUGCCCCAGACACAUAGCCACCAUGGCCGGUCUCGACGGGCACCCCGGUUGUCGGCCGCCCAAAACUCCCAUCGGCAGUUCCGUGCCCCCAAGGUGAUCAAAGAGAUUGUUGUCACGGAGCCUCCAAGCAUCACUGCAUACCGGGCCCGGUUCGAGGCAGGACGUUCGUUCGACCUGGACGACGAUCUAGAGUUCUGCCCAAACCUCUUGACAUUGGAUGAGGUUUGUGGCGAGCCACUCUCCACAACUUCAUGUCUUACUGACUUCUUCGCAAAGCGUCAGUCGGUAACGUCAGGCUCAUCGGAUCGCUCGUCGCUGUCGAGUGGCUCCCCGAAUUCCUCUCCUCUCCAGUCCCAGAUACAACCUCAACAAAUAACACCCGCCUUGUCCAUUUCCUCUGCCGCCACGUCUGCGUACAUGUCCCCGCCGAGCUUCGCUGGCCACCACAGCAGCCUCAAAAUCCAUCAACCCUCGGCGAUCCGUUCUCGCAACAACGCCAUCCCGAUUGUGAAUCCCUCCACCGGCAACCGCAUCGCGAGCCCACCGUCAUCCAUCUCGCCAGGUAUGAUGCAGCAGACAACUGCCGCCCGCCGGUGGUAAGAGGGUCUCUGUUCUUGGAGUGCUCUCCCUCCGUGCUUGUUGUCGUUGUGUCGCUGUAUUCGUUCUGGUCGGUGUUAUGAUGUGUCGCUCGCCUUUGUGCUUUCCGGUGCCUGACAACCCCCCUCUCGCCCUACCUCAACUUCUCCACCUCCCCUUUGAUUUGUACAUAUGUAUCUCACGACGAGGAAAAAUUUUGUUCAUUAUACUACGAGCGGAAAGGCAUAGCGAUUCGACGAAGUUGACAUCAUGAUACCAACUAUUUGUGUGGAAGAUAGGAUCAACAGGGAGUACGGUGGUACAGCGAUUUCAAAGACGAACUUGAUUUUAGCAUGGAGUUUCCCGAGCAUAUCCAAGGUCAAGAGGAUCAUGAUAGACAACGAUCAUCAUCACAUUGGCGGUUCUCAUUUACAUGUGGAUUUACGGGAGUUUUGCACAUUCGGGACCUUUGGGGGAGGAAAUGACAGAUGAGAAAACAUAAAAGAUACCAGAUGGGUUGAUGUGGGUUUCCUGGUUGGGUAUGUUGGUUCCACAAAGGAUGGAACAAAUGCACAUCUCACGGUUGACGGCUGGCUUAAAACGAUAUCGGACUUUUCAUGGGCCACAUUCUUGUCCAGCACAACGGUCGGUGGGGAUAUCCGCCGUUAUGAGAUGUAUUUCUAGUUAAUAGAAAGCUGAAAAUUUCAUGAGUAUUGGGUUCUG